UUAAAAUAAAGAUUACAAUUUACAAACAAAAAAUAGUGUUUCCCUAUCUAAGACCAAAGUGUGCUAGUUACUGCCGUUAGUAUGGAUUCGUCCAAUAAUUCCCCUCCGACACAUUCAAUAGCAUUUCCGGAUAAAAUCUCAACUUUCGAGCUUUCAAGUUACGAAUGGUCUCGAAAUCUGCUAUGCGUAGCCCUUCCCGAUAAGCUGCUGUUAGGAAUGGUUCGGUUUCCGGAAGAAAGCGAAUCAGAGUGCUUCGAGUGGAGCCUGCUAAAGGAGGUGCAUCAUGAAACUCGAUGUCAUGCAGUAGCAUUUGCGCCGGAAACGUCGCUGGCCGUACUGCCUAAGGUUAUCAUAGUGUGCACGGCUGGAGCAGAUUACAAUCUUAGAAUAUUGAACAGUGAUCUUGAAGAUGAUAAUACAGUCCAGGUUUUAUCUGGACAUAAUAGCUACGUAAAUCAGGUUAGUUGGGAUCCAGACGGAGAGUACUUGGCAUCGUGUGGAGAUGAUAACAUGUGUAUCAUGUGGAAACGGAAAGAGAAUUACUCGAAGGGACCAGUUUUCAUUUUGGACUCGGCGGUCGUUUCAGCAAAAUGGCACCCGGAUGAGGCAGGAAAAGUACUAAUCGCAGAAAAAUCCGGAAUUGUACAUUUAUACAAUGUGGAAUCUAAGCUUGCCAUAUUAUCGGUAGAGAGUAGCAGAAAUCCGCUGAACUACGCCGAUUGGAGCCUAAACAAUUCGGCCUUUGUUGUGGCCAUAGCUGGUGGAGAAUUGGUGUUUUGGGAUCUCAAGAAACCAAGCCGACCGAUUGAGAGUAAAAAGAUUCACGAAGACUGCGGUCAUAUCGUUAAAUUUGCCCCUCAUUCCGAGACGAUUAUUGCUAGCGUGGGCCGUCCGAGAACCACGCUGAAAGUAAUCCACGUUAAGAACCAGAUACCGCAAGUGGAAGCUAAGCUGUUGCUUUACGGCGGACUGUGCUGGCAUUACCAACUUCCUUAUGUUGUGGCAGGACAAGACAAAAAGCUCUGCUUUUGGAAGAUUUGUUCGUAAAGUAUCA